AUGGGAAACCAUAUUCAGAAUAAAGUAAUAAGGAGAGAGGGAACCCGGCCCAUAACACUGCUACACAAUGUUCUACACAAUGUUCUCCACAAUGUUCUACACAAUGUUCUCCACAAUGUUCUCCACAAUGUUCUCCACAAUGUUCUCCACAAUGUUCUACACAAUGUUCUCCACAAUGUUCUCCACAAUGUUCUCCACAAUGUUCUACACAAUGUUCUACACAAUGUUCUCCACAAUGUUCUCCACAAUGUUCUCCACAAUGUUCUACACAAUGUUCUCCACAAUGUUCUCCACAAUGUUCUACACAAUGUUCUACACAAUGUUCUCCACAAUGUUCUCCACAAUGUUCUACACAAUGUUCUCCAUAAUGUUCUCCACAAUGUUCUCCACAAUGUUCUCCACAAUGUUCUACACAAUGUUCUCCACAAUGUUCUCCACAAUGUUCUCCACAAUGUUCUCCACAAUGUUCUCCACAAUGUUCUCCACAAUGUUCUACACAACGUUCCACACAAUGUUCUCCACAAUGUUCUCCACAAUGUUCUCCACAAUGUUCCACACAAUGUUCUCCACAAUGUUCUCCACAAUGUUCUCCACAAUGUUCUCCACAAUGUUCUACACAAUGUUCUCCACAAUGUUCUCCACAAUGUUCUCCACAAUGUUCCACACAACGUUCCACACAAUGUUCUCCACAAUGUUCCACACAACGUUCCACACAACGUUCCACACAAUGUUCUACACAACGUUCCACACAACGUUCUACACAAUGUUCUCCACAAUGUUCUCCACAAUGUUCUCCACAAUGUUCUACACAACGUUCCACACAAUGUUCUCCACAAUGUUCUCCACAAUGUUCUCCACAAUGUUCUCCACAAUGUUCUACACAACGUUCCACACAAUGUUCUCCACAAUGUUCUCCACAAUGUUCUACACAAUGUUCUCCACAAUGUUCUACACAACGUUCCACACAAUGUUCUACACAAUGUUCUCCACAAUGUUCUACACAAUGUUCUCCACAAUGUUCUACACAACGUUCCACACAAUGUUCUCCACAAUGUUCUACACAAUGUUCUCCACAAUGUUCUCCACAAUGUUCUCCACAAUGUUCUCCACAAUGUUCUCCACAAUGUUCUCCACAAUGUUCUACACAACGUUCCACACAAUGUUCUCCACAAUGUUCUCCACAAUGUUCUACACAAUGUUCUCCACAAUGUUCUACACAACGUUCCACACAACGUUCCACACAAUGUUCUCCACAAUGUUCUACACAAUGUUCUACACAAUGUUCUCCAUAAUGUUCUCCACAAUGUUCUCCACAAUGUUCUCCACAAUGUUCUCCACAAUGUUCCACACAAUGUUCUACACAAUGUUCUCCACAACGUUCCACACAACGUUCCACACAACGUUCCACACAACGUUCUACACAACGUUCUACACAACGUUCCACACAACGUUCUACACAACGUUCCACACAAUGUUCCACACAACGUUCUACACAAUGUUCCACACAACGUUCCACACAACGUUCCACACAAUGUUCCACACAACGUUCUACACAAUGUUCCACACAACGUUCCACACAACGUUCCACACAAUGUUCCACACAAUGUUCCACACAACGUUCUACACAACGUUCUACACAACGUUCCACACAACGUUCCACACAAUGUUCCACACAAUGUUCUACACAACGUUCCACACAACGUUCCACACAACGUUCCACACAAUGUUCCACACAAUGUUCCACACAACGUUCCACACAACGUUCCACACAACGUUCUACACAACGUUCCACACAAUGUUCCACACAACGUUCCACACAAUGUUCCACACAAUGUUCCACACAACGUUCCACACAAUGUUCCACACAACGUUCUACACAAUGUUCCACACAAUGUUCCACACAACGUUCCACACAAUGUUCCACACAAUGUUCCACACAACGUUCCACACAAUGUUCCACACAACGUUCUACACAAUGUUCCACACAAUGUUCCACACAACGUUCCACACAAUGUUCCACACAAUGUUCCACACAACGUUCCACACAAUGUUCCACACAACGUUCUACACAAUGUUCCACACAAUGUUCCACACAACGUUCCACACAAUGUUCCACACAAUGUUCCACACAACGUUCCACACAAUGUUCCACACAACGUUCUACACAAUGUUCUACACAAUGUUCCACACAAUGUUCCACACAAUGUUCUACACAACGUUCCACACAACGUUCCACACAAUGUUCCACACAAUGUUCCACACAAUGUUCCACACAAUGUUCCACACAAUGUUCUACACAAUGUUCCACACAACGUUCUACACAAUGUUCUACACAAUGUUCCACACAAUGUUCCACACAAUGUUCUACACAACGUUCCACACAACGUUCCACACAAUGUUCCACACAAUGUUCUCCACAAUGUUCUCCACAAUGUUCUCCACAAUGUUCUCCACAAUGUUCUCCACAAUGUUCUACACAACGUUCCACACAAUGUUCUCCACAAUGUUCUCCACAAUGUUCUCCACAAUGUUCCACACAAUGUUCUCCACAAUGUUCUCCACAAUGUUCUCCACAAUGUUCUCCACAAUGUUCUCCACAAUGUUCUACACAAUGUUCUCCACAAUGUUCUCCACAAUGUUCCACACAACGUUCCACACAAUGUUCUCCACAAUGUUCCACACAACGUUCCACACAACGUUCCACACAAUGUUCUACACAACGUUCCACACAACGUUCUCCACAAUGUUCUCCACAAUGUUCUCCACAAUGUUCUCCACAAUGUUCUACACAACGUUCCACACAAUGUUCUCCACAAUGUUCUCCACAAUGUUCUCCACAAUGUUCUACACAACGUUCCACACAAUGUUCUCCACAAUGUUCUCCACAAUGUUCUACACAAUGUUCUCCACAAUGUUCUACACAACGUUCCACACAAUGUUCUACACAAUGUUCUCCACAAUGUUCUACACAAUGUUCUCCACAAUGUUCUACACAACGUUCCACACAAUGUUCUCCACAAUGUUCUACACAAUGUUCUCCACAAUGUUCUCCACAAUGUUCUCCACAAUGUUCUCCACAAUGUUCUCCACAAUGUUCUACACAACGUUCCACACAAUGUUCUCCACAAUGUUCUCCACAAUGUUCUACACAAUGUUCUCCACAAUGUUCUACACAACGUUCCACACAACGUUCCACACAAUGUUCUCCACAAUGUUCUACACAAUGUUCUACACAAUGUUCUCCAUAAUGUUCUCCACAAUGUUCUCCACAAUGUUCUCCACAAUGUUCUCCACAAUGUUCCACACAAUGUUCUACACAAUGUUCUCCACAAUCGUCGACACAUUGGGAUAACUUGUGGCAAUGUCAACAUUCACUAUUGCAAUAGUGCUCUCGGGAGAGCGUAUAAUGUAGAUAUAUGGGGUCGUUGUAGUAACACUGAUAGUAAACAAGUUCAUCCAACGUGUCAUACAUUAGAGCUAAAUCCAACAGCAACUGUUGUGACAAACGAGCUGGCCGCCCACCUGGUGCUGGCCGCCCACCUGGUGCUGGCCGCCCACCUGGUGCUGGCCGCCCACCUGGUGCUGGUCGCCCACCUGGUGCUGGCCGCCCACCUGGUGCUGGCCGCCCACCUGGUGCUGGUCACCCACCUGGUGCUGGCCGCCCACCUGGUGCUGGCCGCCCACCUGGUGCUGGUCACCCACCUGGUGCUGGCCGCCCACCUGGUGCUGGCCACCCACCUGGUGCUGGCCGCCCACCUGGUGCUGGCCACCCACCUGGUGCUGGCCACCCACCUGGUGCUGGCCGCCCACCUGGUGCUGGCCGCCCACCUGGUGCUGGUCACCCACCUGGUGCUGGCCACCCACCUGGUGCUGGCCGCCCACCUGGUGCUGGCCACCCACCUGGUGCUGGCCACCCACCUGGUGCUGGCCGCCCACCUGGUGCCCCCAGAACACGGCCACUGGCCACACACUAGCCAAUGUGUCACCCAGCAUGACACUUGA